AUUCUUCUUUUGGACAUUAAUCUGACGUAUACAACUUAUUCCAUCUCAAUCCAUUACUAUUCUACAUGUCUGUCUACUGAAGAGACCAUUAAACACGAUAUUGUUUAUAUGAAAUAAACCGAUAUUAAUUCGCAUAAUAGUGGUAACAUCCAAGCCAUAUCUCAAAAUGAAAAAUUAAAUCUGGUCACUAGCUAAUGUUACCAGGGGAAUGUCAAUGAUAAUGUUAGAUUUACUGUUAUUUUCUGAAUAUCUGGAAAAUUAGGGGGGGGGGGGUUUAAGGAUUAUUGGAUUUUUUUUUAAAUGAUCAUUGGCUUUUGGAAACAAAUAGCAAAAGUAAAAGACACUUGUGAAAGAGAAGUUUUGAUUUUAUUAAUCAAAUCACAAAAUGCUGAAAAACCUACGCAUAAAAAUAGUUUUGAAGUAACUAAAGAUAUUUGGUGCAUUUAUAUUUUAUAAUAACAUACAUCAUUCUCAAAGAGACUAGUUACUCUUUUCAAACCCCUUUGAGAACUAGAUUCUUGUGAUUCGAACCUUUAGUCCUACCACGGCAAGAAAGCUUUUAGCACUAGCAUGGUUACUAUACUAUGGAUGAAACAAGAAAGCGGCGUAGACAAGACAAAUCAAUGGAGUUAAUUAGGGGAGUGUAAUUGCAUACAAAAUAAGUGUCUGAAUCGUUAACUUUUCCCAUAAUGUGUCUAUUACGAUAAUUAAACUUAAAAAGUGUUAAAUUAUGCAAAUAUCUUAUAGUUGUAUAAUCAUCUAUGAGAAUAUGAAUAUUGUUAUUCAGUCAUUAAUUAAUAAAUAAAUAUAUAAAUUGGUAAACACUUCCGUUACAUAGUGGAAACGUUAUUUCAGGAUCUCACCAAACAAACUCUGUGUUCCACCACAACCGCUGUCUCAGUCGCAAUAACCACUGUCCGGAGAAAACAAUCAUAUUCAAGAAAAAUGGGUAAAGGCGGAUCACUAAGCGAAGGCGUGAUCAAGAACAUCGUCCUCUCCUACACAUACGUAGCGAUAUGGAUCUUCCUCAGCUUCACCGUCAUCGUCUACAACAAAUACAUCCUCGACAAGAAAAUGUACGACUGGCCUUUCCCUAUCUCCCUCACCAUGAUCCACAUGUCCUUUUGCUCAACCCUAGCUUUCCUCCUCAUCAAGGUCUUCAACUUCGUCGAGCCUGUCUCCAUGUCACGUGACACUUACCUUAGAUCCGUUGUUCCCAUCGGCGCGUUGUACUCACUCUCACUCUGGCUCUCUAACUCCGCUUACAUUUACCUCUCCGUCUCCUUCAUACAAAUGCUCAAAGCCCUCAUGCCCGUCGCGGUCUACUCCAUCGGUGUCAUGUUUAAGAAGGAAGGUUUUAAGUCGGAGACUAUGGUUAACAUGUUAUCCAUCUCCUUUGGUGUCGCCAUCGCUGCUUACGGAGAAGCUAGAUUUGAUGUGUGGGGUGUGGUUCUUCAGCUAGGUGCGGUUGCGUUCGAGGCGACAAGAUUGGUUUUGAUUCAGAUCUUGCUUACCUCUAAAGGAAUCACGUUGAAUCCUAUCACUUCUCUUUACUACGUUGCACCGUGCUGCUUAGGGUUCUUGUUUAUCCCUUGGAUUGUUGUGGAGUUUCCUGUUCUUAGAGAGACCUCUAGCUUCCAUUUUGAUUAUGUUAUUUUCGGGACCAAUUCGUUCUGUGCGUUUGCUUUGAAUCUUGCUGUGUUCCUUUUGGUGGGGAAGACGUCUGCUUUGACCAUGAAUGUUGCUGGUGUGGUUAAGGACUGGUUAUUGAUCGCAUUCUCAUGGUCGGUUAUUAAGGACACUGUGACUCCUAUUAAUCUUUUUGGUUAUGGGAUUGCAUUCUUGGGCGUUGCGUACUACAAUCACGCUAAGUUACAAGCGAUGAAAGCUAAAGAGGCUCAGAAGAGUGCUCAGCAGAUCGAUGAGGAGAGUGGUCGGCUUUUGGAAGAGAAGGAAGGUGGGAGGAAAAUUGAGCCAGAGGACUGAUUUUGUUUGGUGAAGUUUAUGAUUUUAUUUUAUUUUCUUUAACUUACAUUUUGUUUGAAUAAGAGCUUGAAGGGUUUAUAAGUAGAUGGAAGACAAGUUUUGGUUUAUGAUAAUGAGACCUAAGUAUUGCAAGCUGUCUUACAAUUUUCCUUGGUAAUGAAUCUGAGUUUAGGUUUUGAUCUAUUUGAUAGUAUUUGUUUUUGGUUGUUUAUGGUUAUGUUUUGUGUUAUUUAUCAACAUUUGUCAACUGAGUUUGAGUUCUUAUGUUACUGGUUUGGCUAACUAUGAAUUGUAUUAUUGCAUGAAGCAUCCAUCCCAGUUUCAUUUUAAUAGAGACGGUAACAAAAGAGUAUGAUCCGUUAGGGCCCACUAAUAGCAUCAUUUACCAGAACAUUGAAGAUUUCUGUAACUAGAAAUACUACUCUCAAGACCAUGUGGUUCUCAAAAUUGAAAUCCCUUAGUUAAAUUCAAUAGAAAGAUAUGAUGAAUCUACUAUAA